AUGACCGACAUCGCCGGCUCGCAAGCAUCGAUACCGCCGCCCGCGUCCUCGGGGCGGACGGCGCUUCCUUCACGUCCUAUUACAAAGCAACCACGCGACGAGUCUGACAUCACGACCGCCUCCACCUCAUCCUCGACCGAUCUGCCCAACGCGAGGGCCAGCCCCUCGUCUGACGACGACGGCUCGAAAUCAAAAGCAGGCAAGAAGAAGCCGCCAGCCAAUACGACGGGCCAGGUCUGCAGCAACUGCAACACCACAGAGACGCCGCUCUGGCGAAGAUCGCCUACCGGUGCUACUAUAUGCAACGCCUGCGGCCUCUACUACCGAGCCAGAAACUCAGCCCGCCCGACGAGUCUCAAGAAGCCCCCCAAUGUCGUUGGUGGCGGCUCGUCACGGCCUGCUCCUUCAAAACCAAUUAGCGGCCAAAAACUAGCGCCCGCUGGCGCAACAUAUGUCGCCGCCGAGCAGUCUCCGUCAGGUACCUGCCCUGGUGGAGGCCGCUGCAAUGGCACAGGCGGCGCCGAGGGCUGCAACGGCUGCCCUGCAUACAAUAACCGAGUGUCCAAGCUGGCUCAGCUCAACGGAUCAUCCUCAUCAUCACGGCAGGGUGGCUGCGGUGGUGGUGGCGGCGAUCCUCAGCACGAAGGACCAACACCGAUUGAUGUCAACGCUCUGCAGAAGCAGAAUGAAGAGGCAGCCGCCGUUAUUGCCUGCCAGAACUGUGGCACAACCAUCACGCCGCUGUGGAGAAGAGAUGGCAACGGACACAUGAUUUGCAACGCUUGCGGAUUAUAUUACAGACUACAUGGCGUCCAUCGUCCGGUAACGAUGAAGAAAGCAACCAUUAAACGAAGAAAGCGCGUUAUUCCGGCCAACCAAGACGACGAAGACGAAGACUCGGAUAUGAAGGAUGCACCUAGCCCCCAGAAAACUCCCGAGAGAGGUACCACCAAUGACGAUGGUUCCGUCAACUUGGGUUUUCGUCGCCGUGCAGACCCUGGCAUCAAGCACGAGCCCAGCCAUCAAGCACCCAAGCCUCCUUCGCCGUAUGGAGGCGCUUCGACGCUGGCUGCAUACCACCAAGGCUCACCUGCAUCGCACCGCCAAGUUAUGGGAUCUCUGAACGAUGAAAACCGACUACCACCACUUACAUCCAUGGCUAGUGGCGGUGGUGGUGGCGGCGGCAGCGGCUCCGAUCGACAGAUGUCGCGGUCACCUGGGUCGUUUAUGUCCCCAAGCCGCAAGCGAUCGUUUUCUACUACAGAGUCAGAGUCGGCCGUGCUGAGCGACGGCUACGAGACAUCCAAGCGCAUAUCCUCUAUCAAAGAUAUCCUAAACCCAUCUGGAGGUGACGACGACAGUGACUUGGCCUUGCCUCCGCUGCGAUCGCCUGGCAUCCCGCCGACAACGACGAGCAGCCGCGGCUCACAACCUCCCGGCCCUGAGGUUGCAGAUGAAGCAAAGCUGCAGCGACGCACUGCAUUGGAGCAGGAAACUGAGCGUAUCCGCGAGAUGCUGGCUGCGAAGGAAAGAGAGCUGCUCGCCAUGGGCCGUGAAUAA